CUCCUGCAGCGAGCCCACCUCUCUCUUCACUCAAGAGAACUCUGUUUUGCCUCAGUGCGGCUUUACGCUCCUUCUUUACUUGGCUAACGCGUAGAGCUCUUGCCUUUAGAGCUUUCUUCUUGUCCGAUACUAUAACCAUUGUGCAGUAUAUGCAACAAAAUACGAUCUGUGAGAGCGCGUCAGGGAUACGACCGCCCACACCGACACAGAGGGGGUGACUGAGUCAGUAAUCGGCUUCUCAUCCCUCCCUCUCACACAAGACUGUUGCCAAUAAACAAGUUGAGCAAGAUGGAGGACGCCGAACUGAAGAAGAACUUCAUUGAGAACUACUGCGUGAAAGUGAAAGACGAGGAAGGACUCAUAACCUACGAGAUCAACACUGAAGUUAUUCACAAGGAUGAAGAUGGCAAGAUACAGGUCAUGUCCAUUGGACCUGUGAAUGAGGGCCCCAUCAAGUCGGUUCUCCUGCUGGGAGAGACAGGCGCCGGCAAGACCAGAGUCCUCAACACCAUGAUCAACCAUCUGUUAGGUGUCAACUUUGACGAUAAUUUUAGGUUUCAGUUAAAAGAUUAUGUUGAAAGUGAUGAUCUCCUCCAAGUGGAAAGCCAGACAGAAUAUAUCACUGCUUACAUUGUCUCCCAUCAACUUGGAAUGCCUAUUGAGUGUAAUUAUAUUUUGAUUGACACACCUGGGUUUGGUGACACCAGAAUGAACCACGAUAAAGUCCCAAUAGAGCGACUAACCAUUUUCCUGACAAAUGAUUGUGGGAUAGAUGACCUUAAUUGUGUUGCCUUAGUUGCUAAGGCAAACCAAAACAGGGUAACAUCAUACCAGAUACAAAUGCUAGAAGACUUUACUUCAGUGCUGGGAAGUAAUAUUGGUGAUAUAACGCAGCUUCUGGCAACAUUUGCAACUGAUGACACUUCGGCAGUUGUUGAUGUGGUGAAACAUGCUGGAGUCCAGUUUGUCAACUUGUACCAAUUUGACAACGGGCUUCUAUAUGAUCCACUUUGUGAUGGUCUUCUCCAGAAUCACAGACAUGCAUACCUUACAUAUAGAUGAAACAGGAUGCAAGCAGAGUAUACAAGAUUUUUUGAAGAGCUACAAACGUCUAUUCCAGUAAAUCUCAAAAGAACUGGGGACCUUUUGCUGGAGAAAAAAUUACUCGAAGAAACAAAAACUGAAUUGAUAAAAACGGUAGCAAGUAUGGUCCAUAUAACUAACUCAAAUAAUAAUAAGCAUAGGGAAAUAGAGAAAAUUAAAGCUCAGGCUGAAAGAAUCAAAGUAACUAAAAAGAUAAUGGUAAAAUUUAAAUCUUCAGUAACCAUUGGAUAUCACUUCCUCAACUGUGACAUUUGCAGACAAACUUGUAAGAAGUGUGAAGACCCAAAAAAUUUUCUUGCUGGAUUUGCAGGAACUGGUACUGGGGUUGGCACGGCAGUUUUUACGGGAAUUGGUACUUCAGUAACUUCUGGAGCAGUAAUGGGGGCAGAAGUGGGUAUCUUUGGUGGUCCAAUAGGAGUUGCAAUUGGUGUAGGCAUUGGAACUGUCCUUGGUUUAACUGCUGGUCUCACCGCAGGACUUUUAAUGAGAAAAACAAAGGCAGAUUGUCUCAAUAAUAUGAAUGGACCAUGCAGCAGUCGUGAAUGCUCUCAUGAUAUGACGGACCAUAAAACUGAGACACAAAAAUAUGUCACGGAAGAAAGAGAAAUAAUUGAUGAAAUUGAGAAAGCCAAGUACGAUGCAUUUAUGAACACCAUAACGCAGUUAAAGACAAAGGUUAGAGAGAAUAAUAUUGCAAUGGCUGAUCUACGUAAAGAUAUGCAAGAUAUUGCUAAAGCUUUGUUGCAACACACUAAUAAAAUAGUUGAACUGAGCCUGGGACAUAAAAGCUUAAAUACAAACUCUGUAAUAGAUGAAAUAAUCUUGAAUGAAAGAGAGAACUGGCAACACGUUGAACUCUUACAGGAGUUCAGGAAGACAGUAAUGCUAAUACAAGCUCAAGAGCUCAGUGAUGCAGGGGUUGAUGUCAGUAUUAUUGGACAAGACAUUGAUAGUGAUAGCUCUGUCGUUGGUAUUGAUGCUAUUGAUAUGUAAAAUACAGUCUCAGUUAUUUCUCUUUCAUAGAUAGGGGGAAGGAGGGGGGGGGGAGGUAUUAAACUUUGCAUCAUUGCUUCUCGAGGUGUUAAGUUGUUUCAAGAAUUACCACAUUUUGUUUUUUACAUUAUCGACUAAGUAAUAUUUGUAUUAUAUUGUUGAGGAAAACCUUUCUUUGCUGCUAAUAUUUGGAAUGAAUGCUAUUUGAUAUAAUUCUUUUUCGUGACGAAUUGGAGAAUAUCAUCAAAUAUAAUCCAGAAAGCGUGUAGCACAAACCAUACAGUCCAUCCACAAUAGUUAACACCCAACACAUAAUUAAUGAAAGCCCAGUUCCCUUGAGUCGUGGAUUAUGAUUGACUCUUCAAACAGAUUGCUGUUUGAAGAUCAAACAGCAAUUAUGUUUGUGUCGUUAUCAUAAUGUUUUAAUAAUAUCACUAAUUAUAUAUAUACUAUUUAUUUAAUUAUGUAACUGCAACCUAGUACUGCAGUUACAUACCAAUACGAUUUUUUAAUCUGAAUAUCUUAAUUUGUAUUUGCCAUUGAGCUCAAUAAUACAAUAAUACAGAUUAUUAUUGAGCAAUAAUACGGAUUAUUAUUGAGCAGUAAUACGGAUUAUUAUUGAGCAAUAAUACGGAUUAUUAUUGAGCAAUAAUACGGAUUAUUAUUGAGCAAUAAUACGGAUUAUUAUUGAGCAAUAAUACGGAUUAUUAUUGAGCAAUAAUACAGAUGGACAAUGCAGUAGUGGUGGAUGGUCUCAUGAUAUGAUGUGCCAUAAGACUGAAACAAAAAUAUGUCAUGGUUGAAAGAGAAAUAGUUGAUGAAAUUGAGAAAGCCAAGUAUGAUGACUUUAUACUCGACUUUAUACUUUAUACCCUGUUUUAUUGGCUAAUAAAAAAGUGCAAAUGGCAUGUGAAUCUUUUUUUUUUUUUUUUUUUUUUUUUUUUUUUUUUUUUUUUUUUUGAGAUAUAUACAAGAGUUGUUACAUUCUUGUACAGCCACUAGUACGCGUAGCGUUUCGGGCAAGUCCUUAAUCCUAUGGUCUCUUUACUGGGUAUACAGAGGGGAAGUGAGCAUAAGAGGCAGUCCAUUAGAACUAGUCAGUUAUAUGAUUUAAAAUUAAAAAAAAAAAACAAUUGCUUUAAAAUAUGUUAUACGCUUAUAAUAGAUGAUAGAUAAUAAUAAAUAGACCAUUUAUAAUAAUAAAUAGACCAUUUAUUAUUUGACAAACUUCCAUUUUGUUUCUUAAAUUUCUUUUUAAACCAAACGUGGUAACUACUUAAGUGUAGUUACAAGAUGAGAGCUACGUUUGUGGUGUCCCGUCUUCCCAGUACUCUUUGUCAUAUAACGCUUUGAAACUAAUGACGUUUUUGGCCUCCACCACCACCUUCUCUCUUAACUUGUUCCAACAGUUUACCAUUCUGUUUGUGAAGGUGAAUUUUCUUAUAUUUCUUAUACAGCUUUGUUUAGUUAGGUUAAAGCUAUGACAUCUUCCGUUCUGGAAGUUCCAGGUUUCAGAAAUUUUUCCUUAUCAAUUUCGUUGAUGCCUGUUACUAUUUUGGACGCAGUGAUCAUAUCGCCUCUUUUUCUUCUGUCGUUUAGUUUGACAUAUUGAACGUUGUUGUUGUUGUUGUUGUUGUUAUAGAUUCAGCUACUCGGAAGAAGUUCCAAGUAGCACGGGCUAUGGUGAGCCGGUAACUUACCUGGCACAGGAGCGGGGCAAGUAGCACAGGCUAUGGUGUGGAGUUCCACCUGCGCUGCCAUUGAGUGAGGAAGUGUCGUUUGACCGCUCCGGCAGUUUGUGGUAGUUACCGUUUUCGCCAGCAGGGGGUGUGGGGGUGUCUACCCUCCCUGCUGUUCCUGGUGGUGGGGACGUGGCGUGUUUUGCAAUGGGCGGCCCUAUUCCGGCUGCCGUGCGGCUAAACUCCAUAGGAUUGGAGUUUACUUGCCAUGCUGGUUACCCGUUGGUGGACUUAGUCUUGAGUGACAUGCUUCACGUCUCGGUACAGGAUGUGUAUGGUGUAGAGCUGCUUACUGCUCGCCGUGUCGUCAUUAAGUUUGUGGGAGAGGCGGUGUACCGUGUGUUUCUCCGGAAGUACGAGGGACGUACUUUGCAGCUGCAGGACGGUGCAGGGUCUGUGACUAUUUCGGACCGUAGUGGAGCUGUAACUUAUGUCAGUGUACAUGGCGCCCCCAUGGAGUUUCCUGAGGUUCUCCUGCAGAGAUUCUUCCAGAGGUACGGCUCCGCCGUCAGUGUGCGAAUGAACUCACUAUCGUCUGGCACAUAUUCUGGGGUGAAGACCAACAUUCGGACCCUCGGGAUGCGGCUGAGGUCAGACAUUCCGUCCUCUAUCCGGCUGUUGGGGUAUUACGUGCGGGUGUUCUAUGCCCGGCAACCCCGCACUUGCUUCCGGUGUGGCUUGUUGGGACAUCAGGCUGCCGGGUGUACUGCUGAUCCGGUUGCUCCUGUGAACGUGUUCCGUGAGGAGGAUUUCCCGCCGCUCCCUCUGGAGGAGGACUCCGGGGGUGAGGAGGUGCGCGUCCCGUUCGCUGCUGAAGAUCCCCCAGCGUCGCCCGACGUUCCCCCAGUUGUCGCAGACCCUCCUCUGGGUGUUGCGGAGCCGUCGGAUGUUCCUCCUGACCAUGUUUCUGGCUCUGCCGUUCCCGUGGACCUUCCUGGUGAUCCCUGUGGAGCGUCGCCAUCUGCUUCCUCGUCUUCGGCUGUGGAACCUGGCCUUGCGUCCUCCCCUCGGGUCCCUCCUGUGCUGGGUGCUGGGGUGGCUGCGGAGCCUCCAACUGUGUGUGGUCCGGUUCCCCCUGUGGUAGAGGCUGCUGCCGUUCUGCGUCGGGCGUCGGUUCGUCCGGCUGGUGGUGCCCAUGUUUCUGGGUCUGCUUCCGGCUCUGACGAUCUUCGGCCGGAGCCCAAACGUUCUAGGCGUUCGUCGUCCGCCUGAGCUGAUGUUGGGGAUUUUAGUGACUGUGGAUCCUCGGAUGUGGACGGUGUGGGUUCGAAUGCGCAGUUGGCUCCACAGUUUGGAGGUGGAGGUCCAUGUGCCUGCUGGUGACGGUGGUUGUGUCGCACGUGCGCCUUCUGCUCCUCCACCGGAGGGCUCUUCGUGGUGGGGGGUGGUGGCUUCCGGUGCCAGGGAUGGUGGGGAUGCUGGUGCUGGGCGUAGCCUGGUGGUGACUUUGCGGGAGGAUCCACGGCGAUCGGAUUCCCGGAUGUCGUCCGACGAAGUGCCCGUAAAUGCUGAUGCCCCUGUGGUGGUGCCCUCUGUGCGGGUCUGUGCUCGGAGGCUGUGCAUUGGGCACCUGGGGGACGUGUUGCCGGAGUCUGCGUUGCCGCAGAGUCACUGGAGGAGGAUUGCUGCGUUACCAUUAUACGAGGAGCCGCAGAAUUUUAGUGAUGUGCCUGUCUGUGCGUGGGAGCGUGUGGCAAUCACUCGCCUCCGGUGGAAUACCAUUUGUAUCCCCUGUUUGCGGAUAUUUGUUGCCGGGGUUCCGGAUGUGAUGGCGUCCCCAGUAGAUGGUCUCGACCCUUGGCGGUGGUUGCUCUGGGAGGCGUUUCAUGUCCGGUUCCCUAGGAGUUUAUUUCCGGACAAGUAUGUCUCCUGAUUUCCUGACUUCUGUGUUUACUCUUGUCCUGUGUGCCCUUAUGGCUGCUUGUUUGUCCUUGUGUUGUUUGUGCCCAUGCCUCCCCCUUUUUUUUUGGGGGGGGGGCCGUAGCAGGUAGCUUGGUGUGGGUUUUUCUUCGUGUAUUCAUUUAUUGUGUUAUUUCUUUGCCCUAUGUGUUAUAUUCAUGCUUAAAGUGUUGUGUUUGUUUGUUAUAUAUUGUGUUUGUGUAUUUACAUGUUGUAUAUAAUGUUGGGCGUUGUUGUCGGUCCUUCCGGCCGGUGUGAUUGUCUUGUUUUUGUUUUUUCUUGCUAAAUGCUAUAUAUUGUUACUAUGUGUUAUUGUUUUCCUUGCCGUGCUUGCAUGUUUGUACAUUGAAAAAUAACCACCUUCCUCGUCGCUUCCAGCUUGCCCUUGCCUCCCUGAAAUCUAACAACUCUAUUCUUAUCCUUCCUUCAGACAAAAGCAAUUCGGUGGUUGUCCUUGACCGUGAGG